UUAGUAAUUAUAACUUAAUCAUCAUAAGCAUUACUUACAAUAUUCAUUAGUGCUAAAUCAACUAAGAGAAUGGGUUUGCCCAAGAUGAUUUAUCUUGGGUUCUUUGUUUUGUUUUUGGCUAUCAUGGCUGAGGCAGCAAGUACUCCCCCAGGAAUCGCUAACAAUCCUUCAAGAGCGUCGUGUAAUAAAAAGGAGUACAAGAUGUGCUAUAACUUAGAGCAUGUUUGUCCUAAAUUCUGUCCUGAUAGUUGUGAAGUAGAUUGUGCUUCAUGUAAGCCAAUUUGUUCUUCUACUUCAUCAAGUGAACAUCAUUCACCUUCGGGAUCAUCUGCGGCAUCAUCCGCUGCAUCAUCUGCUGCUUCAUCUGCUGCAUCAUCUGCUGCGUCAUCUGCAGCAUCAUCUGCCACUUCAUCGGCAACAUCAUCAGCAUCAUCAGCAGCCGCAGCAGCUGCUGCUGCUGCUGCCGCUGCUGCAUCUUCUGGUUCUUCCUCCUCUUCUUCCUCCCCCUCUUCAUCAUCAUCCACGGGAGGACCAAAAAACUCUCAUACAUCAUAUUACCCAACACCAUCAACACCGUCUCCUAAGCCAUCAACCCCACCAACUCCUAAGGCACCAACACCUUCUCCUUCUACUCCAUCAUCGCCUUCAAAGCCUACUCCCUCGACAUCUUCUCCUCCAUCCUCUAAUGCUGGCUAUAGAAAGAGAGCUAAAUGUAACAACAAGAAGUACGGACAAUGUUAUAACCAAGAGCAUAGAUGCCCUGCUAAUUGCCCUACUUCAUGUCAAGUCGAUUGUGUCACUUGCAAGCCUGUCUGCAACUGUGACUAUCCUGGAGCCGUAUGUCAAGACCCUCGCUUCAUAGGAGGAGACGGGAUCACCUUCUACUUCCAUGGAAAGAAGGAUAGAGACUUUUGCCUAGUGACCGACCCCAACCUCCACAUCAACGGACACUUCAUCGGUAAAAGAAAUGCAAACAUGGGACGUGACUUUACAUGGGUUCAAUCCAUUGGAGUCCUCUUCGACAACCAUCGUCUCUUCUUAGGCGCUAAGAAGACCUCCGUAUGGGAUGAUGCCAAUGACCGUCUUUCCUUGGCCUUCAAUGGAGAGCCAAUAUACCUAGAAGAAACCGAAGGCUCUCAAUGGUCAUCCACCUCCACUCCUUUAGUCACCAUAACAAGAACAAGUAAGACCAACGAACUUAUCGUUGAAGUCCAAGGAAAACUCAAGGUCACGGCUAAAGUUGUACCUAUUACCGACGAAGACUCAAGGGUGCACAACUAUGGUAUCACCGAUGAGGAUCGGUUUGCUCAUCUUGAUCUCGGGUUCAAAUUUCUAUCAUUAACCGGAAAUGUUGAUGGUGUAUUAGGAAAAACUUAUGCGAAUGAUUACGUGAGCCGAGUUAAUACUCGUGUAUCAAUGCCGGUUAUGGGAGGAGAAAAAGAGUAUGCUAGUAGUAGCAUUUUCGCCACGGAUUGUUUGGCUUCCAGGUUUUUUGGUGCUCAAGAAGAGACUUCAUUGCCAACUAUGGAGCUUGCUAGCAUGAAUUGUGGUAGUGGGAUGAAUGGACGUGGGGUUGUUUGCAAGAGAUAACUCAAAGUAUUAUUUCCAUGUGAUGGAAAUGUAUAAGUAACAAGAUUUGUUUAUUUAUAUACUCAUAUAAUAAAGUACAUAAUAUAUGUACAAGGUUGAAUGUCUUAAAGAAUAUUCAACAUUUUAUAGUAUGAUUGAUAUAUGAUUGAGAAUUUGAGAUAUAUUUGUAGCAAAAUGCCUUCAAAUAUUUGUUCUUAAUAAAAAGAAUUAUU